UGGGUGAACGUAGACGGAUGUAGUCGUCGUUGAUGAGCUUGAGGAGGAAUGUCUUUGCGUGACGGAAUUGGAUGUUGAUGUCAGUGGAGGGGUCAGGUCGUUGCAGAGAUCGCAUUCGGUUGUGUUUGUGGAUGUCGAAGAAGUCAUAGAGGUGGGGCGAGAAUGCAGCGUGAUCAAUUGCGACGAAGUCCUCCCACAGUAUCUGCGUGAUGAUGUGUUCAAUGUUGUCCGUCGUGAGUAGCCGUAGCCAUUCGUCCCAUCUGAUGUAUGUAGUUGGGGUGGUGGAGGAGGAUGGAGAUGGGAGCGGAAUUUGGGCGAGAAUCUCGUCAUCGAAUGGAAUCUGGGACAGAGCCGAGGCAGUGAGAAGAGAUGCCGAAGUUGUUGAUGAUGACGACGGCAGGGAAGCUGCCAGUGUUGUAGAAGUGGUCGUAGCUGCAGUCAUCGAUGUUGACGCUGUUGUCUUUUUGGUUGUCGUUGCAGUUGCAGGUGUCGUCGUCGAGGUAGUUGUCUCCAGGGAAGCUGGCAGUGUUGUAGAAGCGGUCGUAGCGGUAGUUACCGAUGUCGACGACGACACCAGGGAAGGUGUCAGUGUUGUAGAAGUGGUCGUAGCGGCAGUCACCGAUGUCGAGGCUGUUGUCUUUGUGGUUGUUGUUGCAGUUGCAGGUGUCGUUGUCGAGGCAGUUGUUUCCAGGGAAGCUGGCAGUGUUGUAGAAGUGGUCAUAGAGGUAGUCACCGAUGUCGAGGCUGUUGUUUUUGUGGUUGUUGUUGUAGUUGCAGGUGUUGUCGUUGAGGCAGUUGUUUUUGUUGAUGUCGUUGUUGUCACAAGGAGGGCUGUUGUAGAAGGCGCGGCGGGGUGGCUGUUCAUGUUCUGGUUGUUGUGUUCGUAGUCGUCGUCAUCUGCAUUGGCGUCGAUUUGGAAGAUGAAGUUGUUGACGGUGAUGGCUUGGAUGAGGAUCUUGGCUUCUUUUGCGGCUGCUUGUCCUCAUGGGCACCUGCAGGGGAGGGGGGAUCAUAUGGAGAUGGAGGAGAGUAGGUGGAAGACGAGAAGCAGAGGAAAACAAAGGCAGCGUAGAUCG